AUCAGCCCAUGUUCCAAAAGCAAAAUAUAAGUCCACCUUCGGUGCGUAUGCUAUUCUGCCUUUUCGCUUUCUACCCAAUGCACUGCUUUUCUUUUUGCCAUCUUUUAUCUUUCUCCCAAACAUCAUGUAAUUCACUGGUUGCUAAUGGAUAACCUAUCAUAGGGCGCCCGUUCCACACAUAAGAAGAAGAGACGGCCUUUGACAUCAAGUUAUCAGACACCUACCGAUAUAUUUGCCCAGAAUCUCAGCGAAGCAAUCCUCGAUGCAGAUGGUAAAACAAUAGAAAAAAAAACCAGUGAAUGAUGGUUUCCUCUUUCACUGUGAUGUGGGUUAAACUAUUCGAAAAAAAAUUGAUGCAUUAUCAUGAUUCCAGACUCUGAUGAACACGAGGCUUUUGUGUACCGCGACAAAUCCUUGGCACCUAUGCAUUCAAUGCUUCCACCACCUUGGGCAUCCACUGCCGAUCAUUAUCCACCAUUGAUCAUGCAUGAUAGACGAGGUCCUCGGUCAGAUGACUAUCCAUACUCAUCCAAAGAAAAUGAUUCGCCCAAUAAUUCGGACCAUCGUUAUCACCCCAGGCGGCCAGUGCUUCGAUCCGCUGUCUCAGAAUUACCUUCCUCUGGCCGGGUUCAUCCCCCUCCUUUAUCCAAGCGAUACAAAUAUUCCUAUCCGUACUACUACAUGAGCCCGAGUGAUGAAGAAAAUGUACCAUUAUUACAACACCAUCGCUUCCACGGUCGACGCCGCCGAAAGCCAUCCCAAAAGCAGAAGCAAACUUCGAAAAGUCGACUUUUAUGGAUCUUAUCAUCUAGCAUCAUGUCGUUUCUGAUUCUUUGGCUGAUUCUCAUUGUCAUGGCGAACCCAUUGACCGAUAUCGAGAUUCUUAAUAUAAGCAACGUGCUUGCAACAGAGAAGGAACUGAUUUUUAAUUUACAGAUACGAGCAAGGAACAGCAAUUGGUGGGCUAUUAAUAUAUCGCAGGGUUCGCUGAGUAUCUUUGCAUCUAGUCAUUAUGUCCCAACUUAUUGUGCGGUUUCCUCGUAUUCUGAUCCACUGGCUCCUCUGAAUCCUCACGGAGCCGAUCCAGCUGAAUUUUUGGGCACCAUUUAUGAAUUGGAAGAACCGCUGGUAUUUACAGCAGCAGGCUUAUUCAACUCGGUCACAAGUACAAGAAGCUGUCAAAUCCAGCUCAAAGCGCCUGGUACGAUCAACAAUGACCGCAGCGGCAAUGAACGAUGGUCUCUUUUGAUCCGUUAUCCUUAUGAACUUACCAUUCGUGGUGUACUGCGAUAUCGUUUAUCUCGAUGGCAUCCUAAUAACCAGCUGCACUCAGCUCGCGUCUGCAAGGUGUCUCGAAUCGACCCUGCUACGGGUAACGUUACCGAUGUGACUUUACCUGGACAACACAUAUGCGAUGAUUCGGUACCCUUCGAUGAUCCGUCUCUUGUUAUGGCGUAAUACCUUCCCUCUUAAACUACCAUCUUCUUUUCUACGGCACGAUAUGACCCACAUUUUUCCCACAUGCAUGCUUCUAGCACAAUCAUCCAUUCUUCUUUUGCGCGGCGACAACAAAAACGUUAUUGCACAUUACAGCUGUGCAGACUGCCAUAUACAUAUGGACCCAGCAUUCCAUACCUUAUAUUGUAAAGAUAUGUUACCAAUAAAAAUCCAUCCAUCCGCUUACGAUCUUUUUUCGUGUUGCUGGCCUCCAUGGUGCGGACUCGGGAUGGAAGAG